CCCUCAUGGCUUGUUGUACUAUUGUACUCAAGAAUAAUCACAGGUCACGAGCAUUGCCUGCAUUGGUGGUGACGCCGUGACGACGAGGAGUUCAAAAUAUGGCGAGUGGUGGUGACCAACAAAAAGAAACAAAGGACAUACUUGGUUUUGAGGUUAAAGAUAUCGACGGUAAUCCAGUUUCUUUAUCAAAAUAUCAGGGAUUUGUAUCUUUGAUAGUCAAUGUUGCAUCGAAAUGAGGAUUUACAAACUCAAACUAUUCUCAGCUACAGGAACUGCACACAAAGUAUGCUGAGAAAGGUUUGCGUAUCCUGGCUUUUCCUUGUAACCAGUUUGGUGGGCAAGAACCAGAUGAUGAAACUGCAAUUAAAGAGUUUGUGAAAGGAUUGGGUGUAGGAUUUGAUAUGUUUGGUAAAAUUGAUGUAAAUGGAAACAACACACAUCCUCUGUAUGUUUUCUUGAAGAAAGCUAAAGGUGGAUUUUUGGGAGACAGAAUUAAAUGGAAUUUUACCAAGUUUCUGUGCGAUAAAAAUGGAGUUCCUUACAAACGCUAUGCACCCACAACCUCCCCAAGGAGUCUUGAAAAAGAUAUUUCAGGAUUGCUGGAAAGCUCAUCUCUUUAAUUCUUUUAGACAUUAUAUUCUGUAUUUGCAUAUUAAAAGUGAGUGGUUGUAGUAAAGACAGUUAGUUAGGGCAUUUAAAGAGAGGGAAAAAAUGCUCAACACUUACAUGCAGAUAGUCAGGUUCCUAAUAAUUUGCAUUGUAGUGGAAUAGCAGAACUCUUUCUUAUCAGAAUCUACCCAUUUAUAGCAUUUGUUUUCAUUGUAAUAGAUGAAAAUAUGCAGAAGGAAAGUUGUGCCCCAUUUCAGUCAUGUAAUUUUCAUAAGUCUAUUUUCCUCUCUUUAAAUAGUCCAAUUUUCGUCUUUGGCAACCAAAUAAUAAUGGUAGUGAGUCCUAGACAUUAUUUUCAAACAUUUUGGUUUAAGAGUGGACUUUUAUUCCAAAAAGUUUCAGAUUGGCCUAUGUAAUAUUGCAGUUACAAAGUAUGUUUUAAUGCAGUUGUACUGAUCAGACUGGCAGAAGUGUUAAUUGCAUCAAUUUAUGGUUAAUGAACAGAAUUUAUGAUGCCUUUAUCAGAAAGUUGUUGGUGAAGGUUAAUGAACUUACUUGUGCAGAAGUCAGUUUUGUUCUAUUUGUUUGCUUUAAAUUGAAUUUGUAAGUCUUGGAUGUAAAAGCAAAAUAUAUAAAUUGUAUUCUCAUUG